AUGCCAAGCACAGCGGAAGCCUUUCAAAAUCUUACCGCGGCAGGAUCAACAGAGAUGAACGACGAACAAGAGGAGAUGCAAAAGUUCAUGCACAAUAACGAAACAGCCGUCUACACGUGGCUGAAAUCAUUGCCAGAGAAACCGAUCGCAUUCCCGAAAAUCUAUGGCUCGUUCGAUCUCAGCACCGAAACGCCGAUGAUUUUGAUGGAAGAAGUGAAAGGAGAUCUGAUGAAAGUCGAAAAUGGCUUCACUGAAGAACAGCUCUUUUCAAUUGCCCACGAAUUGGCUCGUUUCCAUGCGUUUUGUUUCACGAAUGACUCGUGGAAGAACAUCGAGUUUUAUGCAAUGGAUUUCGCGAAGUUCGACAAGUUCGAGGCGAUUAUGAAGCAAAUCACGGCCGGUUUAAAGGCGACUAUGCCGGGAUUUUGGACUUGCUUGGAUCCGCUUUUCGAAAAGACGACCACUCGCCAAAAUUGGGAAUUGGGAUUGAUCAGUGAAGACAAUCCGCAUCGCAUCGUGGCUCACGGGGAUCUUUGGUCACCGCAAAUCAUUUGGAGAGACGGGAAAAUCGCUACCAUCCUUGACUGGCAAGUAUCACAUUUGGGAAGCCUGAUUGAGGACAUCUCUCGCGUUUUGGCCACUUGUACCACAACCGAAUUGAGGCGAAAAUUGCAAUCCCGAGUUUUCGAUUCGUACUACGAAAAGUUGACUGAAGAAUUGUUGAAGCGAGAGCACAAAGUGCCAUUUGCACGUGGAUUUCUUGAUGAUGAAUUCAAGCGAAUUCUCCCAUUCACCCUCACACAGACGUUGUUCGCGUGCGCCAUUUGGGCCAAUUCGAAUGUCUUGAAAAAGGGAGAUUCGGACGAUCAAAAGCGUCAAAUGGAGAUUUUCUCGAGAACCCGGGCAUUCUUCGACGAUUCGAAUAAAUUACUCGGAUGGACGAACAAU